AUGGAUGACAUCAUCAUUUAUGGAUCAACCCCACAAGAACAUGAUCAAAGGUUGGAAGCAACAAUGAAAGUUGUGAAUAAAGUUGGACUGAAACUUCAAAAAUCAAAAUGCGAAGUGGGUGUACAACAGUUGACUUACCUGGGGGACAAAAUUUCGGCUGAGGGAUUGAAACCCGAUCAGAGAAAAGUUGAGGCAAUCCAGAACAUGGAAAGACCUGGAAACAAAACAGACCUCCAGAGAUUCCUAGGUAUGAUUAAUUAUCUUGCUAGUUACAUACCAGAUUUAUCCACUAGAACAAUGCCAUUAAGAAAGUUGUUAGACCAGAAGGUGUUGUGGAUGUGGAACAAUGAGCAAGAGAAACCAUGGAAAGAAUUGAAGGAACUUGUUUCAAGCGAACCUGUGUUAAAGUUCUACGAUCCAAACAAGCCCAUAAAGAUUUCAACCGAUGCAAGUAGGAGUGGCUUAGGCGCAGUACUGCAGCAGCUACAUGGUGAAAAUUGGCUUCCAGUAGCAUAUGCAUCGAGGUCAGUUACAGAUUGUGAGAGCAGAUAUGCAACAAUUGAACUUGAGACACUAGGCAUGACAUUUUCUUGUGAAAGAUUCCACCACUACAUAUACGGUCAAGAAUUCGAAAUAGAGACAGACCACAAACCAUUAGUGUCAAUUUUCAAAAAAUCACUAAUUGAUAGCCCGCCACGAAUACAGCGGUUGAGAUUACGAUUACAGAAAUAUGAUUUCAAACUUUCGUACGUUCCUGGUAAGUGGAUGCAUACACCAGAUGCAUUAUCCAGAGCACCCCUGAAGCUGGCAAGUAAGUCAGACCACCAUAUUGAAGCUCAUGUUGAUGGAAUCAUAGCAGUGCUACAAGUCACAGAUGAGAAACUAAAAGAGAUUAAAGAGGAAACCCAAAAGGACAAAACAAUGAUAUCACUUCAAAAUACUAUCAUGCAAGGUUGGCCCAAUGAAAGAUCCAAUACUUCUAACGAACUUCAUGCUUAUUGGAACAUUAGAGAUGAAUUAUCGGUACACCAAGGGCUGAUACUAAAAGGUUCAAAGAUUGUAAUUCCAACAAAGAUGAGAAAAGAAAUCCUAAUAAAAAUUCAUGCUGGUCAUCAGGGCAGAGAGAAAUGCAAGCAACGUGCCAGACAAGUAGUAUUCUGGCCUGGAAUCAACAGUGACAUUGAUAACAUAGUUGAGAGUUGCGAGACAUGCCAACAUCAUCAGCAUAACCACCAGAAAGAACCAUUAAAGCCAUAUCCAGUUCCAACCCGUCCCUGGCAAGUGGUCGGCACAGAUCUCUGUGAAAUCAACAAUAAAGAAUAUCUUGUCAUUGUGGAUGCAUAUUCCAGCUAUCCGGAAGUGAUACCUCUAUCAAGCCAAAGCAGUAAAGCUGUGAUUAAAGGUAUGAAAGUAACUUUCGCCAGACAUGGCAUUCCUGAUAUUGUUCACAGUGACAAUGGACCAUGUUACAGUAGUCAAGAGUUUGCUGAUUUCAAGACCAAAUGGGGAUUUAAACAUGUUACCAGUAGUCAUCAUUUCCCGUCCUCUAAUGGGUUAGUCGAGAAGGCUGUCCAGACAGUAAAGAAUAUUAUAAGCAAAUCAAUUGAAAGCGGAACAGACCCGUAUCUCGGACUGUUAGCAUAUAGAUCAACACCACUUGACAACCAUAAGUCACCAGCUGAGUUACUGAUGGGAAGAACACUUUAA